CGUCAUCCACCUACCAACGUCAUAAUGUCCGUCGAAGCUGCCACCGCCCAAAUGGCAAACACUACCAUCACCGAGCCCACCUCGACCGCCGAGGGUGCUUCAGUCGGAGCCGGCGGCGACAAGCCCAUCAACGCUUCUCAGAACGAGGCCGUCAUCGCCAGCGCCGCCGAGGGUAGAAGACUCUACAUUGGAAACCUCGCCUAUGCGACCACUGAGGGAGAGUUGAAGGAUUUCUUCAAGGACUACCUUGUUGAGACUACUUCCAUUCCCACCAACCCCCGCACCACUCGUCCCGUCGGCUACGCCUUUGUUGACGUCUCGACCCCCUCUGAGGCCGAGCGCGCCAUCAGUGAGCUGAAUGGCAAGACCAUCCUUGACCGCAAGGUUUCCGUCCAGCUUGCUCGCAAGCCCGAGCCUGCCCAGGAGGGCAACGAGACUGCCGAACCUGCUCGUCGUCCNUCCACCCGUGGUCGCGGUCGUGGCCGCGGUCGUGGUGGCCGUUCUGGCCGUGGUCGCGGUCGCAAUGCUGAGGGCCAGACCACUGACGCACCUGCCGAGUCGACUGAUGGACCUACCAACGUGCCUGGCCAGGUCCUUCCUCUGACCGAGACCACCAACGAGGCUCUUUCUGCCGCCCCUGGUGACAAGGACACCAUGACCGUUAACCCCAAUAAGACUGGCAAGACUGACGCUCUUCGCCCUCGCAAGCAGCGCGGUCCUCCCGAGGAUGGUGUUCCCUCCAAGACCAAGGUCAUGGUUGCUAACCUCCCAUACGACCUUCGCGAGGAGAAGCUCCUCGAAAUCUUCGCCGAGUACAAGCCUACCUCAGCCAAGAUUGCUCUCCGCCCCAUCCCUCGUUUCAUGGUUCGCAAGCUCCAAGCUCGCAACGAGCCCCGCAAGGGCCGUGGCUUCGGUUUCGUCACUCUCGAAUCCGAGGAGCUCCAGCAGAAGGCUUGCUCUGACAUGAACAGCAAGGAGAUCGAGGGCCGUGAGAUCGCCGUCAAGGUCGCCAUUGACAGCCCCGGAAAGGAGGACGAAGACCCCAACGCUCCCAUCGAGGGCGAGGCCGAGACUGACGGCAAGCCCUCCACCGCCGAGGGAUCCGCCAACACCUCUGCUGCCGUCGCCGAGUAA